AUGGAACCUUCGGCUAGGUUUGGGUUGGAGUAUUCCAUAGAUCCUUGCAUGUUUCAUCAUAGAUUCACUGGUUCCCUGCGCUCGGAUGCAUGUUGGGACCCUGCUGAUAUCAUAGCCUCAUCAUGGCCCAGACUCAAUCCGCGCCUGGACAGUGACAUCAGAUGUCAGUCCAGCCCGACUCAUCAGCUAUAUAAACUAACUUGGCCUGGUGGUCUCUCGCCAAUCCAGAACAAAUCCAAUCAAUUGAACAAUAAUCAAUUUCAUUCAAUUUCAUUCCAAAAAACUCAAACUUCACGAAGUUCAAAUACCACCAUACCACUCAAUAUGUCUUCUGACCCUCACCGCGGCGGACGUCUCGAGGACAUGGCUCCCGAGGGCACUCGCAUUCCCAAUGAUGCAGGCAUCAUGAACACAAUCCCCUCCGUUCCUCGCCCUGAUCAGCGCUCCGAAGAUUCUCAGUUCGAUAACUACGGUAUCGCUCACCCGACCUCCGCCUUUGCCGCCGACAACUCCACCGACAUGCCUCGCAGCACAAGAGACAUGGGUCCCUCAGGCGAAGUCAUCACUGGAACCGGUGAUAGUUUCCCAGCUGAAGGCGAGUCCAAGAGGAACCUGAUCGGUACCAACCACCCUGGUGCCAAGGGCGAGUCCAGAAACCUGAAGCACUCCAAUCUGAACCGCAGUGCUUAUGAGCGGUUCUCCGGGGAGGACGAAGAUGCUAUUGGCGAGCAUCAGAUCAGAAAUGAAUAA